AUGGCGGAUGGUCUCGUCGAAAAGUUGAAGUCGACUACGCUGAAUGAUGACAGAAAAUCAGACGACUGGAAGAGUACACUCAACAUCCCCACAAAAGACAGCCGACAACAGACCGAGGAUGUGACAAACACAAAGGGCCUUGAAUUCGAGGAAUUCGGUCUUAAGCGAGACCUGCUUAUGGGAAUUUUUGAGGCUGGAUUUGAGAAGCCAUCACCCAUCCAAGAAGAGAGCAUCCCCGUUGCCCUGACUGGCCGUGACAUUCUUGCACGAGCAAAGAAUGGAACGGGAAAAACUGCCGCCUUCGUUAUCCCUGCCCUCGAAAAGAUCAACCCAAAGGUCUCCAAGAUCCAAUGCCUGAUUCUCGUUCCUACCCGGGAGCUUGCCAUGCAGACCUCACAGGUCUGCAAGUCGCUAGGAAAGCAUCUUAAUAUCAACGUUAUGGUAACGACAGGCGGAACAGGGCUUCGUGAUGAUAUUGUUCGGCUCCAGGAGGCCGUCCAUAUCGUGGUCGGCACCCCCGGCCGAAUUCUUGAUCUAGCAAGCAAGAACGUGGCUGACCUCAGCGAGUGCCCCAUGUUUAUCAUGGACGAGGCGGAUAAGCUUUUGUCGGCGGAAUUUACACCAGUCAUAGAACAGCUGCUGCAGUUCCAUCCCAAAGACCGCCAGGUCAUGCUAUUCUCAGCAACCUUCCCUCUCUCCGUCAAAGACUUCUCGGAUAAAAACAUGGUCAGCCCCUACGAAAUCAACCUCAUGGACGAGCUCACUCUCCGGGGCAUAACCCAGUACUAUGCAUUCGUGGAGGAGCGCCAAAAAGUCCACUGCUUGAACACCCUUUUUUCGAAACUUCAAAUCAACCAAUCAAUUAUAUUUUGCAACUCCACGAAUCGUGUCGAAUUGCUGGCGAAGAAAAUUACCGAGCUCGGCUACUCUUGCUUCUAUAGCCACGCUAAAAUGGCUCAGCAGGCACGAAACCGUGUUUUUCACGAUUUUCGCAACGGAGUUUGCCGUAACCUCGUCUGCUCCGACCUUCUCACACGAGGUAUCGACAUACAAGCUGUCAAUGUUGUUAUCAAUUUCGACUUUCCCAAAAAUGCAGAGACUUACUUGCAUCGCAUUGGUCGCAGCGGUCGCUAUGGCCAUCUUGGAUUGGCUAUCAAUCUGAUCAAUUGGGACGACCGCCUAAACCUCUACAACAUCGAGAGAGACCUGGGGACGGAGAUCCAACCUAUCCCGGCCACCAUCGACAAAAGCCUUUAUGUGUACGAGAAUCCGGAGAGUAUUCCUCGGCCUAUCGCAACGCUGGCAAAACCGGCGUCUUUCCCGGCGGCAUCUGGUUCCGGCUCCGUCGGUCAACUCCAGACAAAUUCGCAAUCAAGGGCAAGUCAAGCCCAGCCGACUUUGCCCCAGGCACAGGGUGAUUGGCAGCAAGGCGGAUUCAGCGGCAGUACUCAACGGGGAGGUUAUCAGGCAAGAGGCCAAUCGUCUGGCUCGAGAGGUGGUCGCGGCCGUAACGGUUAUCACGGCGGCAGAGGUCACUAUGGUGGCCGUGGUGGCCGUGGCGGACAGGGAGCUCCACCAGCUCAACAAGCAUAG